GUCGAGCUUACUUAGCCAACAUCACCCCCUUUGGCUCCCAUCAAACACCCAUUCUACAAACGUCGCGACUUCUACUUCGAAUCGAUACCUAUACGAUUGAAUAAUCAUGGCUGCCGACAAGGCUGCCGUCGCCUCAGGCGCUGACCUGGGUGAUGGUCUCAGACAGCGUCCUGCUGCUGGACAGGCUAACCUCCAGCCCCCAAGUCCUCAGCCUGAGGACAACAAGAAGCUUGUCAAGAAGGAGUCCUCAUUCCUCCAAACACUCGACCAGUGGGAGGUUGUCAUUGCCCCGCUGAUCUUUACUCUCCUGGCUAUCUUCACUCGACUUUACAAGAUCGGUAUCAGCAAUAUCGUUACCUGGGAUGAAGCUCACUUCGGCAAGUUCGGUUCCUACUAUAUCAAGCAUGAAUACUACUUCGAUGUCCACCCUCCCCUCGGCAAGAUGCUCGUCGGUCUUUCUGGAGUCCUAGCUGGCUACAACGGAACAUUCGAGUUCAAGUCUGGCGAAAAGUACCCCGAGGAAGUCAACUACACCAUCAUGCGUAUCUUCAAUGCGGCCUUCGGUAUCUUCUGCAUUCCCCUUGCUUACUACACUGCUCGUGAGCUCAAGCUUCGACGCCCUGCUGUGUGGCUCGUUACUCUGAUGGUUCUUUGCGAGAACUCCUACACCACUAUCAGCCGUUUCAUCCUGCUCGACUCUAUGCUGCUGUGCGGUACCGUGGCCACCGUCUUCUGCUGGUCCAAGUUCCACAACCAGCGCCACAACAGCUUCGAGCCUGAGUGGUUCUUCUGGCUGUUCUUGACUGGACUCAGCAUUGGCUGUGUCUGCAGUGUUAAGCUUGUUGGUCUUUUCGUUACUGCUCUCGUCGGUCUUUACACCAUUGAGGACCUCUGGCGAAAGUUCGGCGACACCAAGAUGCCUGUUACCACUCUUGGUGCCCACGUCGUCACCCGUGUCGUUGGCCUCAUCGUCAUCCCUUUCCUGAUCUACCUCCUCUCUUUCGCCCUGCACUUUGCCAUUCUCGACCGCUCCGGCCCUGGUGAUGCUCAGAUGAGCUCCCUCUUCCAGGCUAACCUCAAGGGUACUCAGGUUGGAAAGGACAGCCCUCUGGAGAUUGCAAUUGGUUCCCGUGCUACUAUCAAGAACAUGGGCUACGGUGGUGGUCUUCUUCAUUCCCACGUUCAGACCUACCCCGAGGGUUCCAAGCAGCAGCAAGUUACCUGCUACCACCACAAGGACACCAACAACGACUGGUUCUUCUACCCCAACCGCCGAGAGGAGGACUACAACCCUGAGGGUGACCUCCGAUUCAUUGGUGACAACUCCGUCAUUCGACUUAUCCACGCCCAAACUGGCCGCAAUCUGCACUCUCACGACAUCGCUGCCCCUGUGACCCGAGGCCACAAGGAAGUUUCCAGCUACGGUAACCUGACUGUUGGUGACGACAAGGACCACUGGAAGGUUGAGGUUGUCCGUGAUUCUGCUUCUCGGGAUCGCAGCAAGAUCAGAACCCUUACCACUGCUUUCCGUCUCAAGCAUGAGGUCCUUGGCUGCUAUCUCCGAGCUGGCAACGUCAACCUCCCCCAGUGGGGUUUCAAGCAGAUCGAGGUUACUUGCACCAAGGAGAACAACCCCCGUGACACUUACACCCACUGGAACGUUGAGGCUCACUGGAACGACAAGCUCCCUCCCGCCGAGGCUGGUGUUUACAAGUCCCCCUUCUUCCAUGACUUCGUCCAUUUGAACGUCGCUAUGAUGACCUCCAACAACGCUCUGGUCCCCGAUCCUGACAAGCAAGAUGACCUUGCUUCCAAGUGGUGGCAGUGGCCAUUCCUUCACGUCGGUCUCCGUAUGUGCGGUUGGGGUGAUGAUAUCGUCAAGUACUUCCUCCUCGGUAACCCUCUCAUCUACUGGGGUUCUACCGCUUCUCUUGGAAUCGCCGGCCUGGUCAUUGUCUGGUACAUCCUUCGAUGGCAACGAGGUGUCAACGAUCUCAGCGAGAACGAGAUUGACCACAUUCACUACUCGGCAUUGUACCCCCUGGCCGGCUGGUUUCUUCACUACCUUCCUUUUGUUAUUAUGGCUCGUGUUACUUACGUGCAUCACUACUACCCGGCUCUCUACUUCGCCAUUCUCAACUUUGGCUUCCUUGUUGACUGGUUCACUCGCAACCGCAACAAGACCAUCCAGACCAUUGUGUAUGGCAUUCUCUACACCGUCAUUAUCGGCCUUUACAUUUACUUCAUCCCUAUUUGCUGGGGUAUGACUGGCAACCACAAGCAGUACAAGUACAUGAAGUGGUUCGAUAACUGGCGAGUCACCGACUAAGGGAUUGAUCAAUGUUUUGAGCAAUCUCUUUUCUCUAGAUUACACAGUGGUCUAGACGAGCUGUCUCAUGUACCGCCAUGCAGACGUGUUUGUGUUACUCGAUUUUCGAAAACGUACUGCAAGGAUAUAGAAUUGGGGAACUCAUGUAAAAGACGGGUCGCAGGGAUUCUGUUGGGAGGCAAAGCAAGGGACGAGGGAAGAAAAGACGAAACAGGAUCAACGGAAUGAGGCAGUU